CAACCAAAUCAACAAACAAAACACAAUGGAUAGAGUUUUCUCCGUCGAGAACCCCUUCUGGUCGUCUUCCUCCUCCUCCUCCUACGCCGCCGCCGGAGAGAACGAUGAGACAACCGGUCCUACAAUGAACCGUAGUGCUUCCGAGUGGGCUUUUCAGAGGUUUAUUACAGAAGAAGUUGAUAAGAAACUUGAAGAUAAAGAAGAAGGCCAGACUAAGGGAGAUCUGGAGAAGAAUGGGGCGACGUCGUUUUUCAAUGUCUGUUCUGAGAGUAACAAGAAUAACAAUGUUCCCGUGGAUUUAGAUGAAUACCAAGCUGUUCUUAAGAACAAGCUUAACUUGGCUUGCGCUGCUGUUGCCAUGUCAAGGGCAUGUUUUGUGAAGCCCCAAGACUCUGGUGCUAGAGCUGAUAGUGGAUCGCAGGCUUCCAAUACUCUGCAAUCUGGAUCCAAAGCUACUUCUAAAGGGGCCAGUGAUAAGGACGGUAAUGCACCGGUGGGAUUUCCUCCCUUGCUCAAGGGACAAAAGAAGUCUGGAGCUCAGGUGAGGCCAAGCACAAUUGGAUCAUCAAGUGAACUGUCGGACGAAGAUGAACUUGAAGGAGAGAAUGAAACAAUGGAGAAUAUGGAUCCUGCUGAUGCAAAACGUGUAAGGAGGAUGCUUUCAAAUCGAGAGUCAGCUAGGCGCUCUAGAAGAAGGAAGCAGGCUCACUUGACUGAACUUGGGACACAGGUUUCUCAACUACGAGUCGAAAAUGCAGCCUUAUUGAAGCGUCUCUCUGACAUUAGCCAAAAGUACAAUAAUGCAGCCGUUGACAACAGAGUUCUGAAAGCUGAUGUCGAAACAUUGAAAGCAAAGGUGAAAAUGGCUGAAGAAUCAGUCAAAAGAAUCACCGGUUUGAGCUACUCAACCGAAAUAUCAAAAAUGAGGAUGUCGUUGUUUGACGGAAGUCCCCCCGAUACGUCAACGGGUGCUGCUGUUCCUGUACAAGACGGAUCAAAGCAUCCCAUAUAUCAGGCUGCUGCAAACAAAGCUAUAUCUACACAUGACCUGAGAACCAGCAAUGCACUCUCAGACAUCUCUUCUGUAGAAAACAUACAACUGAGUUCAGGAGGAUCUGCCGUACCCGGAAAAGAAAAUCGGACGAACAAAUUCCUUGCAGCGAGUGGCUAGCUUGGAGCAUCUACAAAAGCGGAUCUGCGGGCGUGUGAGCCCCUGUAAGCCCCAGUUUAACGGUGAGAAAAAGUAGAAAAUACACAAAAGCCUGCUGUAAAAAGAGAUAAACUGAAGAAUAGUCUUAGAAUGAUCAAAUAGUAGUAUAAUUUCUGGUUUUAAAUGUUGGAAUCAAUGUUAUUCUUUAUGUUAAUUAUGCAGUAAUGGGCUAAUGUCAACUGCUGAAAAGAUUGAUUCAUCAA